AUGAGUUAUUCCAGUAUACCAGAUAAUUCUAAUGGAUUUUUGAGUAAAAGUUUAACAUUUGAAGCAAAUCAAUCAAUCACUAGUAAAUUGAGUAGUCAAUCACGUUUAGGUUCAUUGUUAAAUGUCGCUGCAUCAUUGGCCAGUAGACCAGCAUGGAAAUCUCAAGAUACUCUAGGCGUUAUGAAUGAUGAUAGUGAUAAUGAUAGUAAUCAUUCGAUGACACAUAUACAACCUAGGCUGCGCAAGGGCAAGAUUACACGGAUUCCUUCUGAUGGUUUAAUCGAUCCAACUAUUCAUAGUUCAGCACAAUUUUCAAGGCGUUAUUCAUUUUGUCCAACAAAAAAACGAUCACGUUUAUCAUUCAGUAUAAAUGGAAGGCAUAAUAUAUUUGGAAAUGAAACUAUAGAAUCAUCAACUUCUUCUUUGACAACGAAAUGUCCACUUUUUGUGUUAAAUCAUGAAGAAUCGUUUGUUAUGAUAAAACCUGGAUUAAAUAAAUUCUCUUUUAUCGCUAAUGUAAGUACCGGGAUUUUAAUUCCUGAACAAAUAUUUCUUAAUUGUCUUGAUGAAAUCGUCACAGAAUUAAAAGAAGCAUUGCGAGAACAACAAUCCAUGAAGUCGACAAUGAAUAAUUAUUCAGAAAUAAAUUUUGUAUCAUUUAUAGAUGAUGAUGUGUAUGGAUCUAGUUGGCGUGAUACUGAACUAAUGAAGACAUUGUUACCUAAACCGGAAAUUGCUGUAUCCAACAAUGCAAGUAAUAAACAUCAUCCAGUUGUGUUUGGUACAUGUCAACCAAUUCCAGUUCGAUUGAAAUUGGGCAAACUUGGCUUACCAGAAGACUGUAAGUUAAGCACAAGUCUAUAUCGUAUUCGUUCAAAUGAUAAAAAGCUAGUAGUCAAGAAUAAAGCAGAAAAUACUCAAUUGAACGCAACACAAACAACUCUCAUCAAGCCUCAUAAUAACAAUAAUGAAAGCGAAAAUUUAUCAAACAAUAAUGGCUAUCCCACUGUCGCUAGUGGUUAUGGAAUGAGUAGUCAAUUUAGAGCAAAUGAUUAUUCAUUAAUUUCUAAUUCAUUGGAAAAUUAUCAAGAUGAAAAUUCACUGAUAAAACAUCACAAUUUGUUUAGUCAAUUUAUUUUAGAAGAUGGACCAGUUGAUUUUAUACGAGAAUUUACUCCAUCUACAACAAUCCGUGAUUCAAGUUGUAAAGUUAAUCAUUCUAUGCCAACAUUUCCACCUGGAUGUUGUUUACAAUUAAGUAGACCAUUAUAUUUAUCUGCUACAUCUUCUAAUGAUCAAUUUGCUCUUUCAAUGCCUAGUGGACAUUAUUGUAUUUUACCAGUGGAAGUUAUCAAACCGCUUGAAUUCAAUUUGAAUAUAUAUCCUUUACCUAAUAAAACAUACACUAUCAUCAGUCUAAACAUUACUUGUGUGGAUGCUGACCCAGAUUCAAAUAUAACACCGGAAAUAUACUGCAAUCAAAAUAUACAUUGCAAUGAGCCGAUAACAUAUGAAUUAUCUAAUAUGCGAUUUUAUGUUUGUGCUUUAAAACCCCAUGUAUCCAGACGUCCAGCGCUACGUAAUUCGUUUACAAAUGGUCAGAAUCAACUUUAUAAUCGUCGUCAAUUGAAAUCACGUAGUUCUCCCACAGUAGAAGAUUAUCAUCAGAUUUCUGAGGAUUUUACUAAAAAUAAUAUCCUAGAAACAGGUACCACGGACAAAUUAUGCAGUACUGUCAAUGAAACUAUUGAAUCCUUAGCUGGUUACCUUCUGGACAAUAGAAUCACUAAAGCUUAUGUUAAUCAUUUAACACCAUUCUCAAUACCUUGGCGCUUUAAAUCACUAGAAUAUAAUAAUUUCAUGAAAAUGUGUAAAGAAUCUAAUUGUCAACCAAUCGGACGUUUCGAAUGUACAAUGAAUCGAAUUGGUAGCGUUUCGAAACUUAAUCAAGAGAUAAGAGCUGAUUGUGUUAUUGGAAAACAGAUGUAAACUAUGUGAAUAACAAGAGUCGAUCAUCAUUUGAACUUGGUAUUUUUGAUGAGUUAAUUUUUUUUUUUAAUCAUUUUUAAAUUCUUAUUAAUUUAAACACUUCUAAAUGCAUUAAAUUUAAACAUUCAAUAAUCACUUUGCGAAAUUUAUAUUUAUUUUAGAGUUAUUUGAUCUCACAUCUUUUUUUAAAUUUAUGCUUUCUUAAACUCUUACUUAUUAUUAUUCAUGAUUAUUGUUUGUGUGUUUAUGAUGCAAAAUAAUAUUGUGAUACAUAUCUAUCUAUCUAUCUGUCUGUGA